GUGGUUGCAGAAAUUCGUAUCCAGUUAGUGGAGCAGUUCAAAUGCCUAGAACAACAGUCUGAAUCCCGAUUGCAACUUUUGCAAGAUCUUCAGGAGUUCUUCCGUAGAAAGGCUGAGAUUGAACUGGAAUAUUCCAGGAAUCUGGAAAAAUUAGCAGAAAGAUUUUCUUCCAAGAUUCGUAGCUCCAGAGAACACCAUCAAUUCAAGAAGGAUCAACACCUUCUUUCUCCUGUGAAUUGCUGGUAUUUAGUGUUGACACAGACCCGAAGAGAGAGCAGAGACCAUGCCACGCUGAACGAUAUCUUCAUGAAUAAUGUCAUUGUCAGACUUUCCCAGAUAAGUGAGGAUGUUAUUCGGCUGUUUAAAAAGAGCAAGGAAAUUGGUCUUCAGAUGCAUGAAGAACUUUUGAAGGUUACGAAUGAACUCUACACUGUGAUGAAGACCUAUCACAUGUAUCAUGCUGAGAGUAUCAGUGCUGAAAGCAAGCUGAAGGAAGCUGAGAAGCAGGAAGAGAAGCAGUUCAACAAAGCAGGGGACAUCAGCGUGAACCUGCUGCGGCAUGAAGAUAGGCCUCAGCGCCGCAGCUCUGUUAAGAAGAUUGAAAAGAUGAAGGAAAAGAGGCAAGCAAAAUAUUCUGAAAACAAGCUCAAGUGCACUAAAGCUAGGAAUGAUUAUCUGCUGAACCUAGCAGCCACAAAUGCAGCAGUCAGUAAAUACUACAUCCACGAUGUUUCCGAUCUAAUUGAUUGCUGUGACCUGGGAUUCCAUGCUAGUCUAGCACGGACAUUCAGAACAUAUCUUUCUGCUGAAUACAAUCUAGAAACCUCACGCCAUGAAGGGUUGGACAUAAUUGAAAAUGCUGUAGACAACCUGGAUGCACGAAGUGACAAACAUACAGUUAUGGACAUGUGCAACCAGGUCUUCUGUCCUCCGCUGAAGUUUGACUACCAGCCUCACAUGGGGGAUGAGGUAUGUCAAGUAAGUGCCCAGCAGCCAGUUCAGACGGAGUUGCUCAUGCGAUACCAUCAGCUCCAGUCUAGACUAGCCACCCUCAAAAUAGAGAAUGAAGAGGUGCGAAAAACGUUGGACGCCACAAUGCAGACACUGCAAGACAUGCUGACAGUGGAAGAUUUUGAUGUUUCAGACGCUUUUCAGCACAGUCGCUCAACUGAGUCCAUCAAAUCAGCUGCUUCAGAGACUUACAUGAGUAAAAUAAACAUUGCCAAGAGAAGAGCCAACCAACAAGAAACUGAAAUGUUCUACUUUACUAAAUUUAAAGAGUAUUUGAAUGGCAGUAACCUUAUUACUAAGCUGCAAGCUAAGCACGACUUACUGAAGCAGACUCUAGGAGAAGGUGAAAGAGCUGAAUGUGGAACAACUAGGCCCCCCUGUCUUCCCCCUAAACCACAGAAAAUGAGGAGACCUAGGCCUCUCUCAGUCUAUAAUCAUAAACUCUUUAACGGCAAUAUGGAAACAUUCAUUAAGGAUUCUGGACAGGCAAUUCCACUUGUGGUUGAAAGUUGCAUUCGUUAUAUUAAUUUAUAUGGUUUACAACAACAGGGUAUUUUUAGAGUUCCUGGAUCUCAGGUUGAAGUCAAUGAUAUCAAAAACUCAUUUGAAAGAGGUGAAGAUCCCCUUGCUGAUGAUCAAAAUGAACGUGAUAUUAAUUCUGUUGCUGGGGUCUUAAAAUUGUAUUUCCGGGGACUGGAAAAUCCACUCUUUCCUAAGGAAAGGUUUCAGGAUUUGAUAUCUACUAUAAAAAUUGAAAACCCUGCUGAAAGAGUGCACCAGAUCCAGCAAAUCAUUAUCACUUUGCCACGAGCUGUCAUCGUUGUAAUGAGAUACCUCUUUGCUUUCCUUAACCACUUGUCGCAAUACAGUGAUGAAAACAUGAUGGAUCCCUACAAUCUAGCCAUCUGCUUCGGACCAACUUUGAUGCAUAUUCCAGAUGGGCAGGAUCCAGUGUCUUGCCAGGCUCAUGUCAAUGAGGUCAUCAAAACCAUCAUAAUCAAUCAUGAGGCCAUCUUCCCUACCCUCAGGGAACUGGAAGGACCUGUUUAUGAAAAAUGCAUGACUGGUGGGGAAGAGUACUGUGACAGCCCACACAGUGAACCGGGCACUAUUGAUGAAGGAGAACAUGACAAUGGCACAGAGCCACACACCAGUGAUGAAGAAGUGGAACAGAUUGAAGCUAUUGCCAAGUUUGACUAUACUGGGCGAUCCCCACGUGAGUUAUCCUUCAAAAAAGGAGCUUCCCUUCUCUUGUACCAUCGGGCAUCAGAAGACUGGUGGGAAGGUCGCCAUAAUGGCGUAGAUGGCCUCAUACCACAUCAAUAUAUUGUGGUACAAGACAUGGAUGAUGCCUUUUCCGACAGCCUUAGUCAGAAGGCAGAUAGUGAAGCAAGCAGUGGACCUCUGCUGGAUGAUAAAGCCUCAUCAAAGAAUGACAUUCAGUCUCCAACAGAUCAUAUUCCAGACUAUGGAUUUGGAGGAGUAAUGGGACGGGUGAGGUUAAGAUCUGAUGGAGCAGCAAUCCCUCGCCGUCGAAGUGGGGGUGACACACAUAGCCCCCCAAGAGGUUUUGGUCCAGGAAUAGAUACUCCUCCUCGAGCAGCCGCUUGUCCUAGCAGUCCUCACCUGCUGCCGUUGAACAGAGGUAGGAUCGAAAGUCCAGAAAAACGUAGGAUGGCAACGUUUGGAAGUGCUGGCAGUAUCAAUUAUCCAGACAGAAAGACAUUGAGUGAUGGCCAUCAACUGAGGUCUACUUGUAGCUCAACUCGGCAUAGUAGUCUUGGCGAUCAGAAAGCACUAGAAGCUGAAGCACUGGCAGAGGACAUUGAAAAGACCAUGAGCACAGCCCUGAAUGAGCUGCGUGAGCUCGAAAGGCAAAAUACUGUGAAACAAGCCCCUGAUGUUGUCCUGGACACUCUUGAACCAAUGAAGAACCCACAAAUUGGUUCGGUCAGUUCUGAACCUGCCAGUCCCCUCCAUACCAUCAUGAUCAGAGACCCUGAUGCAGCUAUGAGGCGGAGCAGCAGCUCAACCACUGAAAUGAUGACGACAUUUAAACCUGCUCUCUCAGCCCGGCUUGCAGGAGCUCAGCUGAGACCCCCACCAAUGCGUCCCAUCAGACCUGUUGUCCAACAUCGAUCAAGUAGCAGUAGCAGCUCAGGAAUGGGGAGUCCUGCGGUGACACCCACAGAGAAGCUCUUUCCUAACAGUUCUUCAGAUAAAUCUGGCACAAUGUAGCUAUCACUCUCACAAAGGAGAAUUCUUUGGGAAAAUGAUGGAUCAUUCUGAUCUUCAUUUCUUUUGAAAAGGAAGCAGUAUGAUUGUACAAAUGAUGUCAUUAGAAGAAAAGACAUGGAAAACGUGACUCUUGUAAAAAAAAGACGAUACUUGAGAUUAUAGAAGUGGUUUAAGGAUUUACACAUAUAACAACAUUGCUGAAAAUAUUUGGUACUACCCAUUGUCAUCUUAUGUAUUACCACUGGAAUAUUCAAGUCGGUCUAGAAAUAUAUAUGAAACUUUAUGUAGCCCAGUAACAAUUUAAUAGACUUACCUCACCUUUAGAUAUCUGCUAGAGUGUGUUUUUGCCUGUGUGUGUGAAUUACACAGCAACUAUACAUCAAGCAAUAGACUAUUGAUCAGUUCGUGAACUGAAUUUUCGUAUCAGUGCAAUUUGGCUUUAGAGUUACAAAUGAAAAGAAACACUAGUUAUCUUGGAAAUACUGAAUUUGUUUGGUGAUGAUCAGUUCGGUUCUCAUAGAUGGGUGGAUUUCUGUCUUCAAAUUCAUCUCUUAAGAACUGCUUCAUUGGAAUAUGGAAAUGUCAUUUUCUGGUUGAAGAAGUACUCCAGAUAAGGAUGCAAACAGUAAAAAGUGGUACAAUUUCCCCUUAUACAAAAGGGAAAUCUAGGAUGUUUUGUAUGUACUUCAUGUUGUAGCACAGUAUUAUAUAUGUACAAAAGAAACUCAACUCCCACUGUUUUCAGAACAGAAGAGGACUUUGAAGUAACCUAUGGUUGAUAACAAUAAAUAAAUAGGCUACCUUAUAUAGUGGUUGAAAUAUUUUAUUCUCUCAUCUCCCUUUUGCUAAUGAUUCCUCUGGAGAAAAAAAAUCUGUUUUAAUCUGGAUUAAAACAGGCAAGGAGGGUUUUAAUAAAGUUUUAUUUCUUAAAGUUCCUUAGCAGUAUAUAAGGGGAUUCCUGGGCCAUAUCCCCUUGCAUGAAGAGCAUGAUCCAUAUUUGAUUGAGCUGGGAAUAUAUCUGAACUGAUAACAUUUUGCACUUUCUCUACUGUACUAUGUAACAAUAUACAGUGAUUUGGGGCUUACAGAAAUAAAAUUUGUCUCUAUACUUUAAAAUAGGCAAAAAAGAAAGC